AGUUAUCAUCUAGGUUCCGUCGUGUUGUUUUUAUUGCGUCGAGUGCAUCAUGAGAGUGCGUACGCGUGCGUCGUCGUCCACGCAUAGUGAUUAAACACACAUCGGUCCCCGCCGCUUUCUUGUGCGAUCCAGUUGAACAAUAAGAUGCACUUUGAAAAUGUUGCAAGAGGAAGCUCUGUACAAGAGCACAUCUCCACGGAAAGGCGAUGAAAUUCAAAAACUCAAUUUUAUACAAACAUUACCAAGCCUCUUGGCCACAGACACAGAAUCAUGUAUAACACGCGUGAUACCAAAAGUGCAGCAGUCACUGGCCACUGCGUCCACGGAAUUCCAUAUUGCAGCCUCAUCUACAUUCAAAACGAUCCUAGAGCAGAAGCUUGUCAACCAUAAUGUCUUCAGUCGAACAUUCCUCCAAAGUAUUUUAGAUUCGCUUGAAAAGCGUGAUCCAGUUAUCUGUCAUGCAUGGCUGGAGACCUUACUGGAUGUGAUAGAGUUACUGCCAGUAGAAGUCAUAAGAAAGCAGAUUCUUCCAUUGACUGUAAGCAAAGGACAGUUGUCACAGCCUAUCUUCUCCAGGAUAAUAUGCAGCAAGAUAUUAGGAAAGAUUUGUACAAGAUUUGAUUCUGCUCUGAUACAGAAGGAAGUUCUACCAAUGGUACACUCCCUCUGUCAGGAUGUAAAUAGUGACGUACGAGCUAGUAUCUGCUUGCAGCUACGUUUUGUUGCUGAAGGUCUUGGUGCUGAGUCUGUAAAAUCUGCUUUGCUACCAUCUUUCGUAGAAUUAGCAAGUGAUGAAGAAAGCAAUGUAAGAUGCGCCUCUGUACAAACAAUAGCGUAUUUGCUACCUCAUCUUCAGGAAGAUACAAUAAAAACUAUCAUAGUGCCACUUGUUAAAAAAUUAUGUGAAAAUACACAGUCUGUACAGUCAGAUAAUAAUGUAAUAUGUGUCAUUGCCCAAGAAUUUGGAAAGAUUGUACUUGGCCUAGAAAAAUGCUUAUUACCUGCGGAAAAAACGUGGUUCUUAAAAUAUUUUCAACAACUUGCACAAAUGGGUGUUGUUUUAAUGAAGAAAGAAUCGAAACCUCAUAUUCCAUUUAUGAGUACCAAUCUUGAUGAAGAUGAAAAGUAUGUCGAGUGCAGAAGAUGUUGCGCGUUUAAUCUGCCAGCAAUGUUCAUCUUUGUGUCAAAUUCUGUGGACGAUACAAACGCAUUACUUCUCACAUUUACUGCAUUGGCGAGUGAUCAUUACUACUUGGUUCGGAGAACUGUAGCAUGCGGAAUCCACGAAGUGGCCAAAGUAUUGGGUCCAAAAAGCGGACAUAUAAAAACGGAUCUAAUAAAAUUAUUAAAAGAUAAUAAUGAAGAAGUUUUACAAGGUUUAGUUCCUCAUAUAGGAUUAACACUUGAUUGCCUGGCUGAAAGUCAAAUUAUCGGAGUAGAUAAGAUGGAUUCCACUGUUAUGGAAAUAGGUAGAGCUUUAUUGAAAUGCGAGUCGGAAAUAGCAGCCACACACAAUUGGAGAUUGGUGUCUUUGAUGCAUUCACAACUUGAGAUAUUGCCUAAAUACUUUCCGAGUGACUUUAUAUACUCGUAUUUUGUGCCAAUGGCCUUUUUCAGAAUAUUAAAUGCUAGGCCAAUACCCGUUCGUCUCUCUGCAGGAACUCUAUAUCUUUUUCUUUUACGUUACAAUAUGAAACCUAUGCAAAGGGUAGAACUUCGUAGCAAAUUGUAUACAGAUUUAGCUAAUAAUCCAAAUUGUUAUGUGAGAAUGAUGUUUGUCCGUAUGAUGAUAGAGGCCUUGGAAAUUUUCUCUUCUGUAUAUUUCAAGGAGCAUUUUUUCACUGUUUUAUUGAACAUGGCAGAAGAUACUGUAGCCAAUAUAAGAAUGAAGGUAGUUUCUUUGAUGCCUCAAUUAAAAAGCCUGCUGCGGUUACCGGCCGAUAAAAAAUUGUUAACUGUGUUAGAGGCGACUUUAACGCAUUUAAUAAAUAGCGAAAAAGACAGAGAUGUAGUAGCUGAGUUAACCUCCGUUAUAAAAAAGUUGGAUGAUAUAACACUUAAAUAUGAAAGCCGAAUUGGUAUUGAAGAUAUCAGAAAGUUCGAAGAAGAAAAAAGAUUAUCGGCAAUGACAAGUGGAAAAUCUCCAGGCACAGCAGCUCCUAUAAAGAAAGGUGGAUGGCGACGAGGAACUGAAUCCUCAUCAAAAACGAUACCGCAAACAUCAUCAAAAGAUACUUCUCGCCAAGCAACUGACGGAACAAAAACAAGAAUUCAAUUAACACAUCCUUGGGAAAGAAUAGGGCAUACCAACUCGAACAUUAGUACAACCCAUACUAACUUUGACAAUGGAUCGUGCAGUGAUUAUCUAAUGCAAAAGGCUCAGCAAAGCCGAUCAAAAUUAGCAUUGCCAUUUAUAUUGUGGCCGGAACCGUGUGAAUGUGAUUAUGCGGAAGAGUACGCUUUCCAUUCUUGUCCCUCGUCCGAUUACGCAAAGUCUGUCUUCUUGGCGAUCAUGAGAGAGAACCGGCGAAGAUCGCAACAAAAUUUCCUACUAACCAGAGAUUAUGCUCGCGAGUUUUCCACUAACAUUGCCAGCAAGGACACUGCCACUGUAAGAACGCUUGCAGCUCACUAUAACUCUUGUUGGCCUUGUAGCUCUAUGCCCGAGAUACCGGUCAUGCUAUCGGACGACGAAUUCCUGGUGGAUGCUGGUAUCAGAAUACCGGUGCAAUUCUCCCAGAGCACCUCCAAGAUACCGCACCUGCAAGAUUCUAUGUUUGGUAAGAGAAGAACUUCGUUCAAUGUUAAUCACAUUCGGCCUACAAGUAUGAACUUUGACAAGAGAAAGUCUAAGAGAAACUCGUCCGUUGAAUACGAAGAUUGCAUGAAACGAAGAACGAAUGCCGAUCAGUCGAACGGUGUCAGGACUUCCAUUGACUGCGAGGAUGGUUUGAGACUAGUGAAAGAAAAUCAACAGCUUGGUAAGAAGGAUUCGGUAUAUGUUGGUCCAUUGAUGAGAUCUAGGUUCGGAUUCGGUGUGAAUCAGGAGAGGACGAUGGACGAUAAAAUGAAGCGACGGAAUUCGUUAAUAUUAGAUAAAGAGAAGCCGAAAGUAGUACAGUCCAAGUGCACGUUAGACAGGACGAAAAGAAACUCGACGCACUUCGAGAAAGGGAAGCCUAAGAGAAAUUUCUCCGCCGAGUACGAAGACGGUGUAAAACGGAGAACAAGUGGUAGCAGUCAAGCGAAAGGGAUAAGAUUACGAUCGCUUGAUUACGAGGAUGGUUUGAGUCUGGUGAAAGAGAAUCAACAGCUAGACAAAAAGGAUGUAUUGUACAUUGGGCCUCUAAGAUCGAGAUUCGGGUUCAGCGUGAAUGAGGAGAGGUCAAUGGAUGAUAAAAUGAAACGACGGAAUUCGUUGAUAUUGGAUAAGGAUAAGCCUAAAGUCGUGCAGUCAAAGUGCAUGCUAGACAGGACUAAACGACAUUCUGCGAACUUUAGUUUAAAGAUGCUGGACUCGAAAGAGACCAAGCCUAUGUUGAAGGAACAGCAUAGCUUAGACGUUGCCGACUACACACCUUCGGAUCGUCUUAGCCGGGCUCUAAGACGAUAUUCGACUUUAGAUGUAAAUCAUAAUCAGGGACAUAGCAAAAUACCCUUAAAAAAUUUUGUACGUCGUAGUAGAACUGCACCCGCUACCAGGGCUUCCAGCCCCGUGAGUUCUCAGUUUAGAUAUGAGGAGAUCGACAAGUUGUGCCGAAAGUUUGAAGAGUACCAACUGUAUUAGUGUAAUUACACAGAAUGCAUUUAAGAUAGAGAUCAAGGUAAAAGAAGGGGAAAAAAGGAGAAAAAAAUUGUACGUGUUGGUUCGCAUUUAAUUGCAGACCUGUGUCAGAUAGAUUGAGAGAUUUCGUGGGAUACUUUAUAUUCCGUGCAUUUAAUCUCUAAGAGGAGAAUUUAACGUUUUCUUUAACGAAAUGACGAAGUAUUUAAAAAUUGUUACGAAGCUUGUUCCGAAUCGCUUCUUCCAUACUUGUCCCACUUCUUGUUAAUAUCGAUUUAACGAUAUAUUUUUCUAUUCGUACGUAAUUGGCAAAGUGUAAGGAGGUCGGGCGAUAAAACUCUCAUUUAUUGUCAGUAACGCAUGCUUUACGCUAGAUAACUUUUUCAUGCUUCAUUUUACUCGAAGUAUUCCCAUGUUAAAAUAUAAAAGAAAAAACUUUUACCUUUCGAUACAUCGAUUGGGAAAAUGCAUCGCAUAUUUUGACGUUUGUACAAAACGUAACGAACAGUUUGAGUUGGAAGACUGGUUUUAUUUAGACCGUAUCGAGGUUCGUAAGAGUAAAAGAAUAAGACUAUUUUGCACUUUAAUUUUAUAGCUGCAUAUCUAAUACGUAUUGCUCUAUCAAAGUUCACUUACCGAUCGAAUAUAUUUAAAUAGAUUAUUACAUGUACGAAACUACACACACGAGAUAACGAAGGAUAGAGAUUUAAUUAUCUUAAUAGCCAAUUCUAGGUCUAGUCUUAAAUAGUUGUAAACAGCAAGGCUAGUUUUUCAAUACCUGUAAAACAACGUUUUUUUAAAUGUUCGAUAAGACUUUUGUAUUUCGCUUUUUUUUCUGUUAUCUUCAUCUUCCUUGUAACGGAUUCUAUGUUCUAACAACGUUAGAUAAGUUUUUACUAGGAUCUUUUACUAAGUUUUUUUAUGAUCUUUUGUAAUUUAGCAUGAAUUUAUAAAAAGCCUAGUAUCGUAUAGACUCAAGUAUUACGUUUUAUUUAUAACAGCCAGCAUUUUAACGAUUUAAUUCAUCGGUUUUCAUCAUUGUAUCGCGUUACGUAGGAAACGUUAUGUGUGUGUGUAUAUAUAUAUAUACACACACACACACACACACUACUUACUGUAAUUUUCGAUCGAUUUACGAAUAUCAGCAUUAAGUUUUAUUCGAAGAACUAACGAGAAACAAGAAAAAAAAGAAAAAAAAUAACUUUUUGAUCGCAAUUUUAGGGAUUCUCGAUUCCCCGAUUCCCUCUAAGCACGUCGAACGGUUAUAAUUAUUCUCUUAUAUAGCGGACUGGAGUUACUGUUGUGUCUUAAAACGCGAAAAUAUCAUACAGUCUUAAAAGAGAAAAAUCACGCAUAUAGACUGACCAAGACAAUUUGUCGAGUGUAAUAAUUACAUACGUAGUAUCGUGGAAUGAUGAUAUAUAACAAGAAGAGAUAUAUCGGUAAUAGAGAAAGGACACGUAUAAUAUCUUCGCAGAAUAUUUUCAUUGAGCUUUUAAAUAGAUGUAUUUUGGGACGAAUGAUCAAAAGGAAAUGAAAAGAAGAAAGAUGUAAAACGCUUCAAAGCCAAAGAUGUUGUCUAACGAUACGAUCAAGUAUCAACGUACAAACCGUUAAAGGCAUUAUGUACUUGUAUCAUAUACCGUGUAAGCUUUGCAGUGCAAGUGCCAUUGAAGAGACGCUGAAGACUUCGACGCUUGGGAAGAGAGUGACCGUACCGCCGAAUGCGGAGAGGUUUACGGUGAAAAUUUGGAAGAAACGACGCCCAAAAUAUACAUGUAUCACGACGUACGAUAUUUAAAUAUCGUGAUCUUGGUAGGUUGUUCGAAUAAAAAGAGAGAAUUAUCGUAGUAGUAUGUAGUAGGCUUACAAAGAUAUUGUUCAAGAAUCGAGGCAUCGACUAACUCCACUUAUACGUAUCAAUAACUCGUUUGUUACGCUCGAUGCUCAUCCUCGUUUAGUUACGACCUCUCGUCUUCUUUCGUUCGUUUCCGCCGAUCAUGUUUCCGAGGAUAACGAACUCGAUUUUAUAUAGAACAGUUUUCGAAUAAUCGCUAGUCAAUCCGAUUUUCGCCUGUGUAGCAGUUAAUCGUUAUUCACGGUCUACGAACAAGAUAAUAUAACCUUCUCUUGUACAAGCUGCUGAACACCGAGAAUAGAUCACACUCUUUACGCUUAGCGACUAGAAAGAGACGCAAUUUACUGAUCGAUUGUUGCCGCGUAACGAUAUUAAUUAUUUUGUUAUAAUUGUAAGAUCGUACGGCUAUCGACUUACAUAUAUGAUAACAUAGCAAAGCUUGUUGUAUUAUUUUUAUAGGAGACUUUAGGGUAGCGUCAGCCGUACGAUUUCGCGAAUUUUAAAUGGCAAACGCAGAAACGACGAUGGCGAUCGUCAACGAGCGAUUACGGAAGUUGUCAAUGGGAGAAUUCUAAGGAGGCGUGUCGAGUUUAUAAAGAAAGCGUGUGCGCUGUGUUUGUUUUUUUUUUUUUUUUNUUUUCGCAUAAAUCGUACGGUUGUUGGUUAACCUUGUGACAAAAAAAAAAAAAGAAACUUCUUUUUAUAGAAAAUCUUAGAAUUUAUUAUAUAUAAAUAUAUAUACUAUAUACAUACAUACUAAUAAGUAUACAUGAUUUAACGAAAAUUGAACAAAUUGUUAAAUGUGCAACUACAGGAACCGUAGCACGGGGAAGAAGAAAAGCAAGCGAAAGUAGAGAACGAAGAGAACGUUCACUCGGGUAUGUUUAGGAGGAUCACACAAAGGGAGAAUGUAAAAUUUCUCGAAUCUCGAAUUUUCGCCAAGAAAUAACCGCUUAAAAUGCUGCUCCUUAUUUUUGUACAGAUCUUACCGUACGUUAAUAUUAACUUUUGUGCCAGAAAGUAAAAACAAAAAAAAAAAAAAAAAUAAUAAUACGCAGUAUAUUAUAUAUAAGAAGUACAUACAUACAUACACACACACUCGUGCUACACGUUUCACGUAAUUGUUAAUUGUAUUCGUUUCUUUAUAUACGUAGAAAAGGAAGAAAAGGAACGAAAUAUAAGAAAAAAAGAGACGAGCACUUUUAUUGUCGACACUGUUAUACAUAUAUUAUAUACAUAUUGUUACGUAAGCCGAGUACUCUCUUGAGAGUAUAGAGUACUCUCUUGAGAGAUAGAAUUUUCUUUACCCUGGACAAACGUCGGUCGCCGACCAUAUUAAAGAAACGAAAUGACAGCAUGGUGACUAUCGGACGAGAAGGAAGGAGAGACACGUCGUCCGUCAAUUGAAUUUACCGCGUUAGGAACAAAGUUAGCGAAUGAGAGGAAACGAUCGAACGCCAUAGCAUAUGUGUUUCUUUCGGGAAGGAGUAAUCUGUGAUGACAAAAAAAUAAAUAAAAUAAAAUAACGUAACGUAACGUAAAAUAAAGAUACAUAUUUAAACGCGAGAACAAAGAGGAAACAAAAUAAAUAACGCAGAGACACGUUCACGUCGCGCAUAAUGAACGAAUGAUCAAAUUCGUCGAAACGAUAUUUUUAUUACUCGUAACUGCUCCCGUAAAGAGUGAGGAAUGUUACAAAACAGAAAGAAGUGUAUUUUUGUGAGGUAUAUCUGUAAGAAACGAAACAAAAAAAUCUAGUUAAAUGUGAAGAGAGACUAAAAGAACAACGCGAUCGUAGAUUUUAUUGGCUCUGUCGAUAUUAUACGUCUGUUUUAAUAUACGUUACGAACAAUAAAUCGAACCUUUUUUGUUA